CUGUACAAAAUUAAAAAUACCGGUGUGGAAUGUGUUUUCCCAUGAAUAAAUAAAUAUAUUUUAUCAAGCUGUUGCGAACUAAAUUCAGUAUUGACAAGUAGUUUAUGCCGUUUAUGUUUCAGGAGCAAGGGAACGCAGUGAAAUUUAUUUCUGGAGAGGACUUCUUAAAAAAAAUAGAGUUUUUGUGUGGCCUGAAAUUAUCUACCCAGUACUCAGUAGGCAGUACCCAGUCCCAGACCAGUGCCAGCCAGUGGCAGUGCUGUGCUUUGGCCGUGAACCCUACAGUACCGGCGGCAGGUGUGUGUGGGUGUGCGUAUGUAUUCGGUCGGUGACGUUGUUUCCAAAUAGGGAAUCUCAUAAUGGCGGAUACAGCCGCCGAAAAGGCGAAACGUGAGCGAGAAAGGCAUGGUUCAGAAACAAGUGGUAAAAACUCAUCAAUAAAGUUAUCUUCAAAACCCAAAGGCCUGGAUCAAAGCAUGACAACUUCAGAGUUUGAUGCCACCCGUGCUGGGAGCACCAAUAAGCAGAAGAAGAUUGGUCACAGGAGAGUGGACACACAUGGACAGGUUACUUAUAAAAAGACCUCUUCGUCCACUCUUAUGGCCGCCAUUCAACUGGGUAUUGGCCAUUCAGUAGGAAGUUUGUCCGCCAAGAAAGAUCAGAGGGAGAGAGACGUAUUACUGCAAGAUUUCACCGUUGUGGAAAGUGUCUUCUUUCCAAGUGAGGGCAGUAACAUCACUCCUGCUCAUUCAUAUCCUGAGUUUAGAUUCAAAACCUACGCUCCCAUAGCAUUCAGAUAUUUCAGACAACUCUUUGGUAUUCAGCCAGACGACUUUCUGGUAAGUACCAUUUUUAAUGCAAUUAUUUGUUUUCUUACUGGCACAGCACCAAUUAAAAAGAAAUCUUACCUUGGAAAUGAAAUAAUUUUUGUUCAUAAAGGAGAAAACAAGGAAAACAGUGAAAGUCUGAAAGACAUUGGACAAGAAAUAAUAAAAAAAGUUGUUUUUCAAAAAUGA